AUGGCAGUCGACAGACGCAUGGUAGGCGUGUUUGGCGUCGCCUUUGUCCUGCGACUGCUUCUCAUAUGUUUGUUUCCGUCAUUGCCAGAUCUAUUGACUGGUCGAGUUGAGGUGUCGACUCCAGUCAAUAGCUUCAAGCGAUUACAAGAGGGGCUGUACCUUUAUACUCGCAAUGUAUCGCCCUACGACGGUGGUGUCUUUCACCAGGCACCGCUUCUCCUUCCUCUAUUCUCCCUCCUCCCAGAUAUACACAGCAAUCCCAUUCCGACUGCGUUAUUCUACUUCCUAGUCGAUCUCGUGAACGCCUAUGCCCUGGUUACAAUCUCCGAGUCGGGGCAGUCUAUCCAAAGUCGACUCCACUCUGCCGUUCGGAAGCAUAUUCAAUGGGACGGGGUCUCGGUCGCGGCUUGGUUUCUUUUUAAUCCCUUCACGAUUGCUACCUGCUUAGCGCGGUCGACUAGCGUGUUCACUACCUCGGGAAUCCUGUUUGCUGUAUCUAAUGCCGUUGGUGGAAAUAGUGUUAACGCGAUGCUUGCUCUCGGCUUCGCCUCAUACCUGUCUCUAUACCCGGCGCUCUUGUUUAUCCCGCUAGUCUUGAUGUGCUACGAUCAACGACUCCAAUCUUCUAACAAAUCGCUAAACGCUGUCGGUUACAUCGUGCAACACGCUGCUAUCCUCGCCGCAAGCGUUGCCGGGCUCCUCGCGCUGUCAAACCUUAUCACUGGAAACUUCUGGGAGUUCAUUUCGGCAACCUAUGGCUUCCACCUGCUGGUCCCUGACCUGACCCCCAAUGUGGGUCUAUGGUGGUACUUCUUCAUCGAGAUGUUCGACUCAUUCCGCGAGUUCUUCAUUGGAGUCUUUUGGCUUCAUUUGGCAAGCUAUGUCGGAGGACUCACUGCGCGUUUACGACGGCAGCCGUUGUUUGUUAUUGCAUCAUUACUGGGCGUCUUCGCGAUCUUCAAGCCGUAUCCCAGCAUUUCCGACGCGUCGCUGUACUUUGCGAUGCUACCUUUGUACCGCCAUCUUUUCCCUUUGAUGCGGUACACAUUUUUCGCCAUCUCCGCCAUCCUCUACUCCAGUCUUCUCGGCCCCGCAUUCUACCACCUCUGGAUCUACGCCGGGUCUGGAAAUGCCAACUUCUUUUACGCCAUCACUCUUGUCUGGAGCCUGGGUCUCUCCAUUCUGCUGGCCGAUAGCAUCUUCUCUGCCCUACGUGACGAAUGGGAACAAGACCACCCAGAAGAACAAGGCACCGAAGUCAAACAAGUGUAA